UCACUUUAUGUUGUUUUUAAUGAAUAACAAUAUUUUCACAUUUUUCUGACAAAAACACAAUUCAUUCAUACAAUCACUUCAUUUGAUCCCAAGAUAUGGCACAACAGAUGAAACCAAUAGAGACUAAGAAGGACUGCAAUGGAGACAACAAUUAUCAGACACAAAUCUAUGCCAAAGACUCUUUGGAUCGAUUCGGUGAUGAUUUGUGUCAACUCUUAUUGUCUUAUCUCUCACUCGAAGACCGAUUUCGUUACGAAUGUGUGUCCAAACAGUUCCAGAGAACAGUCUUCGAGAGUGUUGUGGACAUAGAAAUUGACGACAAAAUAUUGAAUAAACUUUUGGAUUCAAAAAAUUCAUGAUUUCAUCUAAUAUUCAAUUGUUGGCCACAAUUGCCAUAAAGUGUCAAAAUAUUCAAUGGAUUG